AUGCCUAACACCACAGAUAAGUACCGACGUAAUGGCCUUAAUCUCUUCACCUCUGGGACAAAUUCAUCUGACCCCACAGAAGGAGAUCUAUGUCACUCAGUUAGUGGACGUCCUGACGGUACAGACAUCCCUGAUGUCCUGAAUGUCACCUGUCCCUCUACCUGGCGCUACCUGACUGUCUACACAGAGACUGAAAAUGAGGGUGGUGGUCCUUUGUUGGACUUUGUUGAAGUACAGGUGUGGUCGUGUCCGUCUGGUCGUUAUGGAGCCAGCUGUAGCAUGGAGUGCAACUCUCGUCACUGUCACAACACAGGGGACUCCUGUAAUUCUGACACAGGAACGUGUUCAAAUGAAGGCUGCCAACCAGGAUGGGCAGGACCAGACUGCACAGCAUGCGCCCUUGGGUAUUAUGGAUCCAACUGUGACCAUUCCUGUGCUGCUCGUCACUGUAAGGUGGACUCCGUCUGUGAUGCAAUACAGGGCGAGUGUGUCGGUGGAUGUGAGGCUGGAUAUCAAGGAACAGACUGCAGGCAAGAAGACGGCAAAAUAGUGGAUUUCGUCUACCUCUACCCAUCCAACAAAUUUCGCCCUGUGUUUGGCAAGCUCCGCAUCAUUCUCGCGGACGACUACUGUUGCCCGGAACCCAAGGACAGACACCACCGAUGCACUGACUACCUGGCCGCUCUAUUUGAACACCUCACUCUCUUCAAGCGAGACAAGUCCGGCAAAACGAUGCACACCAAGCUGUACAACAAAGUCGUUUGGAACUUUGAAGCCAGAGAAAUCAGAGAACCAAUUGGAUUGUCCAAACGAGCAUCGGUGGAAAACCUUUCUCUACCCAGACUUGUCGGGAGAAAUAUGACUGGAUCCAUGCCGGAUGGAUGUAGAGCUGUUGGCUUCCUGCUGGCAGCUAGUACCGUCUUGGUGUCCUUGCCUUUGGCAUAG